GGCUCUGCUGUGUGUGAAGGGCUCUGCUGCUUGCAGCGAUUAGCCUGCAGCACCAGGAGGACUAUUCCACGCAGGCGCUAGCAUGGGCAAGCAGGAAGACCACCGGAGCAAAGACGGCGAGGUCGCGGUGGAGGGAGGGCCGGUGAUGGACUGGCAGCUCGAACCGGGCGUCGCCAGCAAGCUAUACGACGUCUUCACCGUCGCCGGCCUGCGCGUCGACGCCAUCGAGCCCGGCCGCGCCCUGAUCUGCUCUUUCACGGUGCCGACUCGCCUGACGGACGGGAGCAAGCGCAUGCAUGGAGGGGCGUUGGCAUCUCUGGUCGACCUGGUUGGGUCGGCCGUGUUCUUCGCCGGCGGCUCGCCGACGACGGGGGUGUCCCUGGAGAUCACCAUCUCGUACCUAAACGCUGCCCGUGCAAACGAGGAGAUCGAGAUCGAUGCGAGGGUUCUGGGCAUCGGCGAGACGACGGGGUGCGUGACGGUGGAGGUCAGGAAGAAGGGCACCGGCGAGGUGAUCGCGCACGGCCGGCACACCAAGUACCUCGCCGUCUCCAGCAAACUGUGAUGGAUCAACAGGAUUAUUCAGGGGCACGCGCAGCCGGCGGUCAUGAUCACGAUCUCGCUAGCUGUUUAUUUCUCCAGCGGUCUUCUGUCUCCGGCCCAUCAUCGUCGACUGUGUGUGUUCACUUCCUCUGUUUUAAGAGUUGCUAGGAUCGUACCCGUGCAUUGCUACGGGCAACCAAAUAUUUAUAUUGCAAGAUAUUGGAUUCAACAGGAUAAUAAAAAUAUGAAACAUGUACAAAUAUGAAAUAAGUAUAAGAUUUAUAAGAUGGCUUAAAAAAUAUGAAACACUUACGAUAUCUGUACACAAAGGUUUAUAAGAUGUAUGCAAGAACCGGAUCAAUGGCUUCGUCGUCA